AUCAAGUUAUAGUUAUAAUACCUCCCACUGCUUCCAUUUAAGGCAUUUCUUUAGACAUUCAAGCAAAACAUCACCACUACAUCAAAGAUUAUCAAUUGGAAUUAUCAACGUAAUAUUAUACUAUGUUUAGAAGCAAGUGGUUUUAACACUCAGAGCAUCAUUAGUUUUAGACUGAGUGUAAUGGAGCUGCAUCAUAUUGCUUCUGUGUCUGAGAAUGAAUAUGAAGAAAGUGAAGGGAUACAGAGAAUUGAUGCCGUUAGAACUGAAGAUAUUUAUCAAUGCCUUCAGCUACCAUCUACUGAAGACUACCAUAAGAAUAAAACAGUGGUCUCAGAACAUUAUUGGGGGAAACGUGUUUUUUUGAUUGGAACAGUAAAUAUUCUGAUCUUAACUAUUAUACUUGCCAUCGUGGGAAUGAGUUACUCUCUUCACAAAGAAACACAUCUGCUGGUGGCAAAUGGACAAGAAGCAAAAUAUGAAGAAAAUUGGCUACUCUAUGACAAUGUGUUCUAUUUAUUCUGGAGUGAGCACAGUGACUGCAGCACAGCUAUUAGAUUAUGUGCUGAGAGGAAUGCCAGCCUAGGCACUUUAACUUUAAAAAACAAGUUCUGGUUGCAGUCCAAAGCCAAUGGAAAGCAAUUUUUGGUCUUUAGAACCUCACUGGAUGGAUCUGGAGACAGUGCUCCUGAAUUUGUGGAUGCAGUGCCUGACAAUGAAGAUAAUAAUCAGUGUGACACCAUGACCCCGAAGACUGAUAAAGAUCAAAGAGAAGGAUUUGUGUGUGAAAGGACAACCAUUGGAAAUUACGCCUCUUAUUGACAAUUUCUGACACUUUUAUUCAAUUUUUUUUAGAGAUGAUCAUAUUCUGAAAUAAUUCUUAAAAAGUGCAGACCUACAUUUGUGUUCAUUUUUCUUUUCUUAUAUUUUUCUUAAUUUUUCAUUUACAUUUUAUAAAGAGAGUUUUAAUGGUUAUAUCAAUUUUAUCCUACCUUCUAUUGUAAAUGACUUUUCUUACUGUUAUUUAAUCUUAUGUUGGAUGGUGUAUUUGUUUUGUCUACACAAGUAGAUUUGGAUUCUCAGUAGCUCAUUCUCAAGAUUCUUCUACUAACAUCACAAGACAAUGUUGUGGAACAGUUUCCACUGUCUAUCUUGGUGUGCCUGCUAAACGAGUUUCUAGUCGGACGAAGUUAAAUUGAGCAUUGAAACGCAAAUUAGAUUUUUCAAUAAACUAGUUUUAUUUUAUCAUCACUUAAUCCUGCAUGGUGUGGUAUUUUGCCCCUUCAUACCUGUAGGAUAAAUGCCUCAGUUGAUCAGAAGUGUUAAUUUACUGCAGUAAAGUUGAUAUUUUGAGUCAUAUCCUGAGCUCUAGUUAACUAGACUCUGAUUCUUGGUUAAAAAACAAGACAUUUCUUGUCAUUUGGUCAUUUUUAUAAUGAAUAAACGGUUUCCCAGUUAAUAUCAA